AACACCUGUACAUGUGCAUGUACUACUACAGUGUAAAUUUGUUGUUUCAAUAGAAAAAAUAAUGUACACAACAGACUAAAUUAGUGUGAAAGUUAUGAUCAGAUGUAUUUAUUUACGACUAUAAAGCUGUAGAAAAAAAUAGUGAUAUGAUUAAAAAUCGAUUGCACAUAUAUCGGCAAAUAAAUCAAUGACUCUAAGAUAGUCAACAGCUGAGACAUGUAAAAAGCAGUUCAAUAUCUACUAUGAUUAAUAACAAUUGGAAUACCUGGAUCGUUACUAUAAGAUGUCAUUACGUAUAAGAUUGCUGUUUAAUUUUCCAACGUAUAAAGUGCUCGCUGUUUCCAUUAUUUCUAUAAUUGUUGGAGUAGCUAGUAUAUCCCUCUCUGUAAUUGGACUUGUUAAUCAAAUAUGGGGACAUUAUGUUGCUACCGGGAUAUGGAGCGGUUCUGUGAUUGCAAUCUCUGGAUUCUUUGGAAUAGCUUCCGCACAAACAAGAGGAGUAUGUGUUGUAAAGACAUUUAUGAUGUUCUCUGUGUUUUCCUGUCUGGCUUCGUUCGGUGUGAUAGCCUUGUCCGUUGGCGGACUUAUAUAUGACAGUAAAUUUUAUCUUGAAACAGUCUACCGCCACCCGAAUACUCGACUAAUUCACGGUAUGUUACUAGGAACAGGAACAUUACAAACUAUUUUAUCACUUAUCUGUUCAAUAAUUUGUAUCAAACACGUCUGUUGUCGCCCGAAGCCUAAACACCCUCCUGCAUCGACCGAAGAGGGACAAAUCAGGGACGAAUUUCGUAGGGGUACUGACAGAGGAAGCCAAUCAAGCUCUGCUCCUUUAAUGUCACAAUCUAAAAAAAGACGUAAGCAGAAGUCAGGUGGUGGUGUAUAUGUCUCUGGUGAUCACCCAUCCACUUCCGGUGAACAUUUGGAUUCUGCUGAGCAUCAUUCCAAAGAAAGGAAAAGAGAUGAUAAAAAGCGAAACAAGGGUCUUAAGUCUUCGGAAAGAAGUAACAAUCAUCCGACAGAGGGUGACAGGCAAUAUUCGUCAGAUAGAGAAAGACGUCAUUCAUCAGAGAGAGAAAGACAUCACUCAUCAGACAGAGAACGACGUCAUUCGUCAGAUAAAGACAGACGAGAAAGAAGUCAACGAGCCUCUGUUCGACAACAUAGUCCUGAUAGGUAUGCGAAUAAACCAGAUACAAACGAAGAAUUAGUAAGUGAAGGCAUAGUAGAACAAGCGUGUGCCGCUGUAGUUACCGCUAAUCGCGAAUGUCUUGCUAACAACGGUGAAAGUUUUGAGCUAAUUAGUAACGACAUGGAUGGCUUGCCUCCAUACGAGGAAGUUAUAAGGGACGAUGGAAUACAGGAUUCUUUUAUCCCAAUUUCAAUAACGGAUGCAGACUUCGAAGGUCGCGAAUGCAUUUCCUUGUCUUCACAUGGCAAUGUUUCACCUUCGAAAGAAUUCACCGAAGUUAAGCAGGUAGAUGCGGAACAGGAGGCGCUACUUUGUCUAUCGGCCGCAUUACAGUCACCGGUAAUCUCGAACAAUUCAGGAAUCUCGGAUCUUCUUUCGGAUCAUAUAAUCAACGGAUGCAACUUGAGCAGUUUGUCCGAGAAUAGCAUCAUGGGAUCAGAUAAUGUUAACAGGUUAUCGACUGAAUUGGUUAUUCAGGAUGAAUUAGACAACGAAGAAGAUAACGAAAAUGAUAAACAAGGUUUGUCAUUUACAGAAAAACAAGCGUUAUUGCAGAAAUACCAUACUGUUGAUCCAGAUCCUCAAGGUGUUAUGUAUAAAGAAUUUUCUCGUGGUUCCGAUUUUAUAAAAGAAACUAUUGUCACAAAGCCAAAAAGAUCUAAAAGUUUUCAACAAACUCGGGAGCGUGAUUUUGCCCGAGGAAAAUCCGUAUCUACCCGACAGCUUAGUUGCGAUACGGAAAAGAGUAACGAUUGUUCUGAUAAGCCUGACAGUUUUAGAUCUGCCAGUAAAAGUUUUUCAAGAACCUCCUCGGUACCUGGGAAACCUCCACCAAAACCUCCAAGAACAAGUUCAUUGAGACAACACAAUAUAGAAAGCAAAGAGAGGCCUAAAAGUGCUACAUUACCAUAUUCUCAGUUUGCAAUAAUGAAAAUCCUUGAUGAAGGAAAAACUGACACUACUGAAAUCAAACAAACUGUAAACACCGUUGCCAAGGUGUCAGAACCUACAAGGGAGGAAUUUUUGGAGAUCAAAACAUUUGAUAUUAGCAAAAUCCAACCCCCGAAAUUCCGUUACCCUCGUGCAAAACUCACAGACGAAACUUUUAAAGAACCAAUAAAUACUAACUCUGAGGUGAAGUCUACAAAUCCUCGGAUGGAAAUCUCAAAACAAUUCUCUGUGAAAAACGAACAUGGAACCAAAGAACAUUCAUAUAAUUUCCCCAAACCAACAUACACGGUUGCUUCUACACCAUAUUUGUCGAGUUUAAAUAAGAAUACGAACUCUAAAGAUGACGAUGAACAACAUCCGUAUACGAGCAAGAAUAAAGACCGAGAAUCACUGAAUUUAUCAUUAUCAACUUCAUCAAACGUUAACGCCAUGGAAACUCUGAAAUCCCCCUUAAAAUCACCUACAGACUAUAGUGCAGUACCUCUCAAAGAGAUAUUGUUGAAAGGACAAAGUACAAGUAGAAACAUAAAACGUCCUUCAAACGAAGGAGAACUGUCCAGUACCUCAGAUGCAAGUUCAGAAGAGUCGUCUGUUCAUGAAGUAGCAGACGAUAACGCAGCACGUGCGGAUUUAAAUCAUGAACAUGAUCGUGACAGUCAGAAUUUGUCGGACACGGAAGGUAAACCAAUGUAUAGUUUCUUAUUAUGAUUUUCUUAUAGUUUUAUGCAAUUCUACAAACUAAAUGAGAAAAAAAAUUUUUGCAAUGGUUUAUUGUCUUCUAUAAUCUUUAUUUUUAAUUCUCUUAGUUAUAGACAAUUAAAAUUAGCAGUCACCAGUGCAUAGUAUGUGAGCAAUGACUUUUAAAGGCUUUCAUUGUUAUCUUGUUCCUCUACAUUUGAAAUGAUAAUCAUAUACAUGUACCCUUACCAGUUCUGGUGAAAACCUGGUAAUAUUUCCUACGUGUCACCCCCGUCUUCUUACUCCGACUGAUUUUCUUAAAUUAUGUGUUUUGGUUCAAUUUUCAAAGUUGAUAUGAUAUUAGUUGUCAUUGGCUUUGAACUAGCUGUCAGUAACUGCAAGUACUCUCAGAUCUGUACUUCGUGUCUUUUUGUUGUUCGUCUGUCCCACUUCAGGUUAAAGUUUUUGGUCAAGGUAGUUUUUGAUGAAGUUGAAGUCGAAUCAACUUGAAACUUAGUACACAUGUUCCCUAUGGUAUGAUCUUUAUAAUUUUAAUGCCAAAUUAGAGUUUUGACCCCAAUUUCACGGUCCACUGAACAUAGACAAUGAUAGUGCGAGUGGGGCAUCCGUGUACUAUGGACACAUUCUUGUUAUAGUUUGUUCUUAUGAUGUACUGUUACACCACUGUCCCAGGCUAGGGGGAGAGUUGGGCGCCCGCUAACAUGUUUAACCCCGCCACAUUCUGUAUGUGCCUGUCCCAAGUCAGGAGCCUGUAAUUCAGUGGUUGUCGUUUGUUGCUGUGUUACAUAUUUGUUUUUCGUUCAUUAUUUUGUACAUAAAUUAGGCCGUUAGUUUUCUCGUUUAAAUUGUUUUACAUUUAUCAUUUCGGGGCCUUUUAUAGCUAACUAUGCGGUAUGGGCUUUGCUCAUUGUUGAAGGCCGUACGGUGACCUAUAGUUGUUAAUAUCUGUGUCAUUUGGUCUCUUGUGGAGAGUUGUCUCAUUGGCAAUCACACCACAUCUUCUUUUUUAUAUGAUAUUCAUAAUAAUUCCCUUAUAUCGUACAACACAACUUUGUGACAGUUUGGUCACAUUGACCUAUAUCAUAUGCUUUAGUAUCUUCUUUUGAUUAAGUUUACACAUUUAGUUUUAUUUCUCAGACACAAUGAUGAUUACUGGUAUUAUAGAUGGAUAUUACCUCGACCAUAUUAUCGAUUAGCCUAUCAUGUUUUGCAUUGGUCUUGUCAUUUUCCCGAAACUCUAUGUCAUUUUGUUAUAAAGUUUUAAAAAUCCAAGAAUAAGCCAGUCAAAACUUAUACGUCCAUCGUUAAAUGUAAAGCAGUUUAUGUUGUAGUGUACAUAUAUAGAGCAACGGCCAUUGCGAAAUAAGCCAGUAGACAUGGUUACAUCGGUUUUUAGACUCGAACUAUUUCUGCUGGCUUGUCAUUUAUGCUUUUUAUAGACUGGAACUUGAUUUUUUUUAAUGUUUUUGAUUCUAUAGGGAUAUGAUUGAAGAAGAUGUGCUUGUCUUAGAACAAACAUUAUUGCGCACUACGUAUACAGAUGUAUAAUAUAUAUAUUUUUUAAUGACAUGUCAUUCACAGGGUAAUUUAAAAUCACUUUGUAGUAUUCUUUCAAUCAUGCUUAUAAUGUCUUUAUUACAUGUUCCCAUUUUAGUAAGGAUAAACAUUAUGAUACUGGAAUUGUCUGUGUCGCGCAAAUUAUAUAAUUAUAUAAAUUAACACGAAGUUAUUGGAAUGGGGAUUGGUUAACGAUUUUUGGAUAUGGACAAUUCUUCUUUUUCAAUUCUUAAAUAUUAUUAGUUCAUUUCCUAACUUCAUUUAGAGACUUGAUACAUAAUUUUAUAAGUGAAUUUUAAUUCAAUGCCGUUUUCGUGAAGUACAGUAGCAGUUUUAUUUCAACUUGACGCAAGUCCGUCCGUAUAUAUACGCCCCUUUUCGGUAAUAUUUCAUAGGUAUUUCACGACUUCUGUCAUCAAGCGUGGUACAACGCCAUUAAGCAGCCUGUGAGUCACAAAGACCUUAUAUUUAACACUUAAAUGACUCAGUGUAUGAUGUUUUGUGUUCAUGUUUGUUCUCCGAAACCUUUAAUAGGGUUUACAAGAUAUUUUACUAUUGCAAUUUUUUUUGCGAAAAACAUGACUUAUCAGCAAAAUUUUGGUCUCUAUGACCUACGUUUUACUCUGAAGAACUUUGGUGAAGUUUUACGUACAAAUGUACAAUAAUUAUCGAAUAUUUCUAUAAUAUAGUACAAUUGUUUAGUGCAACUGUUAAGCAACACUUGAGUCACUUUGACCUACAUUUCAGAUUUAAAUGACCUUGGUUAGGAUUGUAUUUACAUGUAAAACUAUGUCUAUUUUCCAGAAACAAAUAUUAUUAGUAAUCAGUAGACUAAUCAUCACUGCAACCUUUUGGUAUAGUAAAUAGUAAAAUUAUAGUCAGCAAAUUGUUGGUCAGUUUUACCAUGUUUCCUAAUAUUUUUUUCUUCAUUUUUUAGUCUUGUUCAUUUGUUCAUUUCAAAAACCUACACUUGUGUAUUUAUGUAUUUAUUUGUAUUAUGUAUGUACGUGCUAUUCUUGACCUUUGUUUUUUUGCUGCUCAAUGAAAGAUCUGUUACAUUACCCAUUUCUUUUGUAACUUCAGAACUUGGUUAUUUUUAUAACAUAAUUGCAUGAUAUUAUUAGGUGAAGGUAAUUUCAUUUUGCAAGGACGAUUUCAUUUUCCAAAUCUGUUGAAUAUACCGUGUUUGGUCAGCUCGGUCAAGUUAUUUAAGGACUUCAAUACCGAGUCAACCUAUCAUUAUUUGUAAAAGAUAAGUUGCAAAUGUGUUUAUUUAAUUAUUAUUAUCUAAUAAGCUGGUUUAUUUAAUUUCUCACUAAUCAGACCAAUAUUGCUUACAUAGAAAAACCCAAGAAUUUCAAAUAUACUGAUUACCUAUUUUUUAUAUAUAUAAUUUUUAUUUAUUUAGUUUAGUUGUGCAAUAGCGUAUAAGCCGGAGGGGCAAGGAGGGCUUUCAAGAGAAUGUGUGGGGAGAGUAAACUAUGUUUUUGCCCCUAUCACUUGUUUGCAAAAUGAAAUAAUGAGUAAUGCAGAAAACACAACAUAAUUGAGUAAACAAAUAUUUGGUGAUCAUAUUUAGCAAACAUUUGCAUUAGAGUUCAGUGAGACGAGUUUCUUAGAAUAUUAGUAUAGUGAUAACCCCCUUCUUAAGAAUAAAACCCCAACAACAACAAAACCAUUUACACCGACAAAUCAACAUCAACUGUGGUUUUUAAUUGACACACUGUCAUUAUAUUGUUAUUUUCACUAGCAUAUAUCUGUUGUAAUUUUUGCUUGAUAUCACGUUCUGUUUAUUGUUAUAAGGUGCUAUCUUUUUGUUAACAAUGCAACCCUAAUAAAUAUUUAUGAAAUGUU